AUGGAAGAGAAAAUGCGUGAGUCUAAGGUUUCUUCUAAGGGAUCAUCGGAGGAGGAAAUUUCUAAUGUUGAAGAUGCAUUAAGAAACCCUAAAUCUGGCCAUCAGAAAAGUAAGAAAUCGAGGCGAUGUAAUUCUAGGGUUCCUUCAUCAUCAAGGUAUCUGAGAGCAAAACAGAGGAUUCCUUUUCAUGUGAGGUCUAACUCGUCUUCUUUUGACGGUUUUCAUCCAUCAGGGUCAAGAAGACUUGACUUGAGGGGAGGUACAACUGCAAUUGGAAUUAAACUUAGAACUUGCGCCAUUCUGGCAACCGAUGGCAAUGAAACCGUAAAUGAUGUGAUCCGGAACAACAUGGUUCAUAAGAUGCACAUGAUAGAUGCACACCGCACUUUAGCAUCAGCAGGGUCUGGACAUACUAGAGCCGUCAACAUAGCAGAGGGAUGCCUUAGGAGAUGGUUGGAAGAGUUCUAUGAACAAGGAAGGCCAUCAGUCGCCGAUUGUGCAGAGGUGGGGUGUUCUAUCUACAACCAUGCUUAUCACACUAAAAGAGUUGAUAGGGAGUAUACAUUUCAGUUGCUGCUGUCUGGGUGGGAUUUGAAAGAUGGGGAUGAAGUUGCAACCCCCUCCAUUUGUAGCUUCCACGAGGGAGGGUGGUUUGAGGUUGAGGAGUUCUACUCUUGUGGAUCCGGCAAGAAGUAUGCUGAUGCGAGGUUAACAAAAUACUAUGAUAUUGAUAUGUCUGAAAGGGAUGGGAUAAAAUUGGCUUUGGAGUGUUUGGUGGAUGGUGCCACUUAUGACAUACCUCAAUCAGGGGGAUAUACCAACAUUUGGAUCAUUAGAGAUGGUCAGAUAGUUAAAAAACCUAGACUAAGGUUGGAGGACUGCACAGAGCGAUGGGAAAUAAAUCAACAGGAGGCCUAGCUUUGGAGUCUUUGGUGGACUGACUGACUGACUGUUCCAUGGUAAUCCAUUUUAGAGUGCAAGUUGUAUACAAUCUCAUUAUUUCUUAGAAAAUGAGAUUGAUGGAUCCGACUGAUGUUUGUUUAAUAUCUGAGAAACAAUUUUAAUAGUAGGUGUUGAGAGACACCAUGUAGAGGAAUCAAUAGAUAAGCAAACAUUGAUAUUUCGGAAUUAUUAUGAUACAGCAGCUGAGUAAUUUUGCCAUUGCUGCCAGAAGUAGAUUUAGUUAAGUGCAGAUAUACAUUUUAGUGCAAUUCAUCGUCACUGUCCUCGCAUAUGCAAGUUUUUAGACUCUGAGAAAUUCAUUUAACAAAAUUUAUAACUGUACAAAUGAUUCAAGGGUUCAAAUAGCUAACAUACGUGUGAAUUGAAAAAAAAAGAAACUGUGGAAGCAAUCUAAAAACAAUAUGUGUGCAGAGUGGAACUCUGAAACGCUAUCUAAAAACAAUAUAUGUACAGAGUGGAGCUCUGAAAUUCCUGUUGGCGGCAAUGCAAGGAAAUGUUAUACACCUCUGGUUUUCUGAUCAGCUCCUCCAGGACAGAAUGAAGUGUUGACUGGAGUUCCUAGGGAAGAACAGCAAUCUUGAAUGGUGCUAAAAGUUUAACCGACGAUCUAUAGAUAUCAGGCC